CUUUAGCUCGCUCCGUUCGGACGUGUUUCGUGCUCUCGCUUCGGCGCUCAAAACAGACAGACAGCCCAAGCCAAUCUCCCCAAGCAAACACAGUGGUGCGAGCUCCGGCAGCCAUUUUCCAAAGAACAAAAAAAAGCAAGCAAGCGGCGGCGAGAAGUGUGUGCGUGUUUAUCAAGCGAUUUUUAGUGAUUAAAACAGCGAUUUAUUAGCAAAAAUGGCAGGAGGCAAAGCUGGCAAGGACUCCGGAAAGGCGAAAGCCAAGGCCGUAUCGCGCUCGGCCCGUGCCGGACUUCAGUUCCCCGUCGGUCGUAUCCAUCGGCACCUGAAGAACCGCACGACCAGCCACGGACGCGUCGGAGCCACGGCCGCCGUCUACUCCGCUGCCAUCCUCGAGUACCUGACCGCUGAGGUUCUCGAGUUGGCCGGCAACGCGUCCAAGGAUCUGAAGGUGAAGCGUAUCACGCCGCGUCACUUGCAGCUCGCCAUCCGCGGAGACGAGGAGCUGGACAGUCUGAUCAAGGCGACGAUCGCCGGCGGUGGUGUCAUCCCGCACAUCCACAAGUCGCUGAUCGGUAAAAAGGGCGGCCCCGAAUAACCUCCCUAAACCCCCGAAGCAGCCCCGCAGCCAAGGAACACACACCCCUCUCCCCCUUCUUAUUUUUUAACUCUAACUGAAAAUAUCAUCGAGAAGCGCGCGCGUGGACGACCACCAAAAUGUGUGAGAGAAAGAGAGACAACAGCAACAGCAUAAACAAUAACAGACACACACACACACGGCGACACAAACGACACACCCACAAACAAAACAAAAAACUGCAUAUUAAUAUAACUGUAAUUAUUUUUCAAACCUUACCUGGUAUCGCUCGUGCGAGGAGAUCGCAGCAUCAGAGAAGAGAAGAAUACGAGACGAUCUUUAACCUUAGUAGACAAACGCGGCGAGAACAAGACUUUCUUGUUUGUUAAGAGAGAGAUAAUGUUUUCCUUUUUAUUAGUGCAUACACAGUCAGUUUUAGAACCAUGUUUCUUAGUAAAGAGAAAAAAAAAUCUGUGCGCAUAGCAAAACGAGAGAGAAAUAAAAUUUUCGCAAAAAAAACGCAACUAACUGCAAAGAUGAGGAGGUAGUCUUGAUUUCAUUUUCUUUCCCCCAAUUGGAUUCUGUUUGGUUUCGGCGCGCGCAGCAGCAUAAAGUUUAGUAGAUUUCCUUGUCAGCAGCAGAGUGGCGAUAAGAGCAACAACAGCAGCAGCACCAACAACAACAACACACACACACAACCAGAAGAAAUAAUACAAUCUUUAACUAAUUUUUAACGCAAAUUGAGAGAGAAAACUAAAAUGAGAGAAAAAAGAAAAUCUAAAAUCUAGAGUACAUAAGUUAAGUGCGUUUUUCUUAUUAUAUUUUCGAUGAAAAAUAAUAAAAUUUUACUAUUAAGACAAA